UGAUAGCAAAAACUAGCAGCUCUCUCAGUUAUUUACGCUCCUAACUUGUGCUAUCUUCUUUUAUUCUUUUUGGGUUAAGAAACACUUUUCGAGCAAAAACUUAGCUAGCUUGUGAUAGUUAGCAAUUGAGAAACAAACCUAUUAUCAUCGUAUUGAAGCAAACAUAGGAGAAAAUAAUGGAGUUGAAGUUAAUUAAGGUCGUUAAAAGGCAUCCGUGCCUUUUUGAUAGAAGUUCAACAGAUUUUCGUAACCAAUAUUUGAAGGAGGAAGCAUGGGUGGCAGCAGCGAUUUCAACGGGAGCCUCAGUGGAGCAGUGUAAACAACGCUGGAAGUCGCUACGUGACAGAUUUGUGCGAGAGGUGGUGUCGCAGCAAUCGAAGCCAGAAUCUGCAGCGAAAGAGAAGAAUAAGUGGUGCUACUUUGAGUUAUUGAGUUUUUUAACAAAACAUGUAAAUCCUAGAAAAAUGAAAUCAAAAAGACAAUCGAGCAUCGAUGACCAGUCAAUUUCCAGUUAUUCACCUGCAACAACACAGAGCGACUCAUGUCGAACAACCGAUUGCGAAUGGAUGGAAUUGCAACAGGACACAGGUGAGCCAAAUGAUAGCCAAAGCAGCUUCGAGACACCUACUUCCAAAAAAGCGCCAAAGCGUCGACGUUUAGGCGAAGAGCCGCACGAACCUUGCAGUCAACCUGCUAAGCAAAAGCCCGAAAAUAAGGCAUUUUUAGUCAUGUUGGAUGAACUUCUGCAAAAGAAACCAGCGCAAGUGCAGGAAAGCAAGAAUAAUACACAUGAAAGUUUCAAUCAUCUAUGUGGGACUCUUGAGAAGGUGUUCUCUGCUAAGAAGGAGUCCAAGAAUAAAGCGUUUUUAGCGAUGUUAGACGAACUUCUGCAGAAGAAACCAGAGGAAGUGCAGGAGAAGUUGAAAAUGGAAGUUUUAAACCAUGUACAUAAUUCUUAAUAUAUUUUUAAAUACUUCGAUUAAGGAAUAAUUAUUUUUAGUAUAAUCGUACAUAAGUAUACAUGUACCAUAAGAAAAUGAAAAUUAGAAAAACACAGCAUUUAUAAAUAUAAAGUAUUGAAAAUUAUAGAUUUAAAGAAAAA